AUGUCAGGCCUCAGUCACGCCUCCCAUCCCCCAUCCCCAAGGCCCUGCGGUGAGCUGGAUGGCCCCAACCCCUUCCGCAGUGCCCUGACCUCCGGAAGGUCAGACCAGACCUUCAUGGACCAGAGAGCCUUCAUGGAGCAGGUACGCGAAUGCAGGGACAACGGCUACCUGCCUUCCUCCAAGAAGAUCGGCUCUGGGGCCUUCUCCAAAGUCUACUUGGCCUAUGCCACGCAGAAGCGCAUACAGCAAAACUCCAAGCUGGCCUCUGCUCGGGGCAAGUACCACACCACGGUGGCUAUCAAGAUCGGCUCCACUGCUGAGGCCUCUGUGGAGUUCUCCUGCAAGGUCCUGCCCCAUGAGAGCUCAUCACUCAAUGCUACCUACAAGCACCUGAACGUGGUGCAGCUCUACGAGACCCGGAACAGCUGGCGCGCCUACUUGGGGCUGGAGCUGGCGGCCUGUGGUGACCUGCUGGAGCACAUCAGCGCCGUGUCCGGCCACUGCCGCUGCCCAGGGCUGGAGCAGGAGGCCCACAGGCUGUUCUGGCAGCUAGUCAGCGCCGUGGCGCACUGCCACAGCUCAGGCAUCCCAUGCAGGGACCUGAAGUGUGAGAACAUCCUGCUAGAUGACCGAGGCUUCCUCAAGCUGAGCGGUGAAUUCAGCUUUGCCAGUUGGUCCGGGCUCAAGAACUGGCUGCUGAGCACCUUCUGCGGCUCUGUGGCCUACGCAGCCCGGGAGGUCCUCACAAGCAAGUACAGUGGGGAGCAGGCAGCGCCACCUCACGGAGGGGUCAUCCUCUACACCUCGGUGACCGGGAAGCUGCCCUUCAAGGAGCGCCAGCCCCACCGCAUGCUGUACCUGAUGCGCUGGGGCCCCACCUUACGGCCAGGCCUGUCCCCAGAGUGCCAGGACCCGAUCCGAGGCCUGCUCCAGCUGCGCCUGCGAGCGCGCCUGCGCCUGCAGCAGGUGGCAGCGCACCACUAG